AGUGAAUGUACUCGGGGAAACAAACACAAAUCGCGGAUCGCGGAAGUACCCAUCUCGUAGUAGCGCCGCAGCUAUAACUAUGUAUAAGGUGAACAAACCAAGAUGGUGUGACGACGGCCUCUGCAAAAUAUAAUGCUCGGAACGGUCCGUCUUUGCCUGGUCGUUCCAGUGCAUGCACCAGUAGCAGCGCGCCCGCAGCUGCGCGUGAUUGAAGAUGAAGAUGCGAGGACCUUUGGUUCUGCUGGAGCUAUCUUUUCCUAGAAAUAAGACCAGCGGUUGAAGUGGAAAGCAAAGUUCUGGGCCUUCCAGAAGGUUUCACCUCCACGGUUCUUGCAGCGACAUGGGCGCCCGAUUGUCGCAGACCCUGUUCGAGGAAAGCCCGCCGUAUGCGGAGACGCUCACAGGACUGCGCGGGUCGGAAGCGAGUGUGCAGUACGUGGACGAAAAUAAAAGCAGUUUCCGGGUGAGGGCCACGCUUCGGAAACUUACGAGCAACAAGGAAACAGGGGAUGGGCAGCUCGGUGGAAUGGAUGGCACAGGAGGAGGAGGAUUUCCGGCCACAGUAAGGAAUGGUAGCCGGCGCAGGUUCACGCAACACAAGCACAGGGGCCAGAACUUUUUUUAUACAGUUCUCUUGUUACUAGUAUACAUGCACCUGCACCACCCACCGAAGCAAAGUCGAAUGAUUACAUUGAGUAUGAUCUUGAUCAAAGUAGACCAGCGUGAUGUUUUUAAGUAGGUAUGAACAAAUACUUUCUUUGCGUCGCCUUUCGUUGGAGCACGAGCAUCAUAACACGAGGGCUUGAUUGUUGCGGUUAUUUUUGCCCCAUUUUAAUACCUUUGUCCACGAACACCAGCGGCCUGGCAGUCUCUGGCGGCGCGACGCAAACGGACGAGAAUGCCAUGGUUCGCGAGUUCCAGUGGCAAGAGAAGGUGUACGGUGCGCACGAGGUGCAGGCGCUGCGGGAGAGCUAUCCACCGAACCACGUUUCGCACCACGGGAAGAAGUUUCUGGCCCUCUCCGCGGAAAACGUGAAACAAAUCCAGCAGGGAAUGUAUCACGUGUAAAAAACAACUGCAUGAAGAUGCUUACAGAUGAAGACGUCUACCACUAUUUUCGGCUGCGAUUCACAACGCAUCCGCAUGAGAAAAUUCUAUACGAUGCUUGCUUACUACAACUACAGUACGUAUAGCGACCGCCCGUACAAAUACAGUAUCUAUAUCUAUGUAGCAGCGACGGUUUUACACGCGGUACAAUCGCUUCCGGCAAGCUGGCAGCGGGAGAAGUGCUUUUCACCAAGGUUGCUGCCGACGAGUUUCCUAACAUCAGGACGAAAACGCUCGAGGAACACAAGUUGCUUGACCUAGUACGAGAGUCUUUUAAUUUUGUUGUCUUGGUGACCACUGUGCCUUUGUCAUUUGAUGUCACUCGGUGUUGGUUCCAAAUUGACUUACGUUUGAGACAUAAUGAUGACUUCUAAUACUUGACUACUUCCCCUAUCGAAAUUCAUUUUCACAGCUUUUCAAGCGCGGUCCCGCCGCUGGCCAGAAGCUGCCGAAACUCAGUACGGCGCUUGGGUACCAGCCACCGCAAGCGAUGUACAUCAUGGCUGCUCUCGAAGAAAACGAGAAGCGCUACGAGGUGGAACUUGCGUGUUUAGCUGCGCUACCGGAGAGCGGGGCUUUGGAGAUUACGCCACGACUCUGUAUUUAUUGUUUGAUCUUGUUCUUUUUGUGUGGUGUAGUUCGACACGAUCACGAGUACGGGCACACCACGCACACGACCUUGUUCUUCACAGUUAUGAUCUUUGUCCGUGUUAUCAAGAACUUCUGGUACGACCUCUACAACGGCACGAGUCAUCCUUGUAGCAUGCUUGCGGUUUUUCAAAAAAUCCAAUCUGUGAAGCUGCCGUCGAGGUCGUUCUCGUUAGUAGGGCGAAGAUGAAGUCGCCAUCUGUAUGCAAUUUGAUUUCCUCGAGGGAUCCAUCCAAACCCGAAUAACAAACAAUCCGCAGAUGAAGCCCCGUCGGAUAGGCAGAGCAAGAAGACCAAGGAGUUGAACCUGGCACCGGAACCCGGGGAUAGCCGCAUUGUUUUCUCUCUGCCGGGCGGCACGCGAUACGAGUUCGUGUUGGAACUUGCAGGGAAGCCGCCUGUAUCCGCUGUAAAUUAAAUAAACCUGGGUCGGGAAAAAUGCAGAAGGGAAGGUGUCAUGCAGGUUUUGCAUGGUCGUCCAGCUCCAGAAGGUGUGCGGUUCCUAGCAUCACAAGUUUUCUGAGAGCUUUGUAAUGCCCGUAUUGCAUCAGCAUCAAACUCAAUCAUGAGAAAUCCUGUUUCAAAGUGAUCAAAGAUGGACAACGUUUGCUUCCCACGCAUGACAGAUUUUCAUUUGACUGGCAGAGAGCAUCACAAGUUGGCACCUCUACUCCAGACGCUCAGGGAUUAUAUUUGUAUUUGAUAGCUCGACCCGGACAGCAAAAAAAAGGCACUGCAGCGCAUCCAGGAGAUCGACAUGAAGGCCGUCGCGUUACGGAAAAACCUUGCGGGUCAUGGGUUCGAGGGCUUUGCGCUGGACCAGGACGAAGACGAGGUGGUGUCGGUUUUCGCGGAAAUUUUGAGUUUUGAACCUAAGAAGGCGCUAUCAGGUUUCGCAUUGAUGUCUCGGUCUGGAAGAGUGCGCUGCAUGCACGAUUGUUUACGGGGCAAGCUACUGUUUUGGUGCCCAUGCAAAAAAUAUACUGGUGGUUGUUGACGAAGCGUUGACAAGCCUUGGUAUGAUCAGCAUUUCGCUGUCUUUGGGCGGCGUCGCUUGUGUCCCCUAAAGAUCUAAGACCGGCUGAAAACAGGUCGGGGAAAUAAACGGGCAUUUGGUAACGCCUGCCCGGACGUGCACCCUGAGGGCGUAAGCCAUUCGAGAAUAAGUAGUACACCAGCCGGAGAAGUUCUUGGCAUCAAAAUAUGGAGAUGAAGGGGCUCUGUUAGACCUUGGCAUCGCAUUUUCACUGCAUAGGGGCACCCCGACGAGGACUACGUGAUUCGUUCGGUGAACCCACUGUCGGUUCCGCUCGACGUAGAUUUGUGGGAGGAGCGGUGUCUGCUCAAAAGCUGCCAACAAUUUAGCAGUUCGCAAGACUGCUAUUACGUCAUGUAUAGUUUCAGACUCAGUAGUAGUUUCAUGGCCUUUGCUUAGAGUAAUGUUUGUGCACUAUCAGGCUCACGCUCACUUUCAUUUUCCGUCUAUGUACUUCAAUAUUAUGGCCUCUGAGUUAUCGGAUGUGCAAGAUGGAGUUGUUUUGGUUGCCGUGCCGGUCAUGCUGAGUCGUCCUCGUUCGUGAGGCCUGAUAAGUUGAUGUAUCUGGGUAGUAGGCGCGUGCGUCAUCAACAUCAUCCCACCGUGAGUGUAUUGGAUUCAUUUAAUUUUACACAAAUUUCCAACAUUUUCAGGUACGAGUUCCACGAGAGCAAGCAAUUUAAAUUCAAGUACCGCAGCGACGAAUCCCUUUCCACGGGUGGCCACGCGGGGAAACGGGCCUGCACCAUUUGGAGCAGCAUUGGCAGCACGGAAACGGCCGCAAUUUUUAACCACGGACUGGAGUGCCACUUCGGGAGAAAGAAAGUGGGGGAGAAGGACAUUAUGGCGCCUGUGCCGCUGCGGUUAUUGCUGCAAGUGUACAAAAAGGACAGCUGGGACAGGCACCAGUUUCUCGGUUACAGCUACGUGGAUAUUCCGGAUAGGGUACUAUUCAGUGGAAAUUAUAUCUCGUAUCUGUAUGUUUAUCGAUCUUUCUUGGAGUUGUACUUGUACUUGAGGUCGCAUCAAUAUUCCUACCUAUGUAUGAAAUUCCGGAAAGCGAAAGUUUCUCUAUCUCUUUGCAGAGGACUCUCGUAUCGAUCAAAGACUGUCGGCUGUGGAUGUGAAGAAGUAGAUCAGAUAAACUGAAACUUGUUCAAGCAGAAGAAACGGGGGAGCGGUGCAUCAGGUUGUUUGUAGAAAGUAGUGUAAGUACGUAAAAAAAUGACAGUCCGGCGAGUACGAUAUCAGUGCAAAGAUGUGGGCUCCGUGCGGCACGAUCCGGGACCAACUGACCAAUUACUUUUGCGGUGCGGCGCCGACUAUCCACUGCAAAGAUAUCGUGCGCAUACGAAUACGAAUCGCAGUCAUGCGUGACAAAUUUAACUUUUUAUCUGACAUAGAAUGACAACUUCCAUUUUUUGUUCUUCAAAAAAUUUGGAAAUGCGAUUUAUACUUUUAGCGCGAUGCUUAUGCUUUUUCAAUGCAUAUUGACGCUACUGAGUCCCCAGUACAUCGUGAAUACGGACGGGGACCAGAAUCCUUUGAACCGAGCGAAUCUGAAGACCACGACAAUGGACGGCAACGUGAGAAUUCUGCUGCACGUGGUGCGGCAAACCGAGCCCAAGACCGCGACGAAGCGGCCGCGGCGGAACUUCGGGUCCAGGACCGGGGGAAGGAGUCGACCGGGUAGGCGGACCGGCGGAGCCGGCGGCUCUGCGAGCGAGGCCGGAACCAGUGUGGCUGGGGCGUCGACGAACUAUUUCCGACCUUCGGGAGCGGGGGGAUGA